UUUCCAUAAAAAAACCCUCAAAAUGCUUACCGAGUGCAACGAGGAGCUGCCCAAUCCACACAAGAGCUGCCUGCGGGAAAUGCUCAACACUUUGAUCAUCAGCGACAAUGAUGUGAAGCGCCUCAAUACGCAACUCCGGAAUGUCCAGCUGGAAAUGAAGGCCGAAAUGGACAAGAUUGAAAAGUCCAAGUGCGUGGGCGAUGAGAAGUCCAAGAAGCCGAAGGUCUGCGACAGUGAGGAGGAUCUCACGCAGUUUGCCGAACGCAUCGUCAAUCUGGAUGAGCUGAAGCUGCACUACACAAAGAAGAGCGAGGAGUUGCGUCGCCGCCGGGACAACAUAAUGGUCUAUGCCCGACAAUGCCUGAACGCGUACAACGAGGAGAAGUGCAAGUUCAAGUCGUUCCAGGAGAACACCGUGGACUACAUAAAGCGCACGGCUACGCUCUCGCAGGAUCAUGAUGUGGUGAAGAAAUGCGAGUAUGACAUUUGCCAGAUGAACAAACGAUUCGUUCGCGAGGUGGCCCAUCUGAAGCGCUGCGAGGGCGAGUUGCAGGCGUUUUUUAAGCUCCUGAAGGACUCGGAUCCCAAGGCCUAUUGUGAGUGCUGCUGCUUCAAGGACUACGACUGGCUGCCGCAGGGCAAGAACCUCGAGAUGGUGGACACCCUGGCCGAGGAGAUCAAGCAGACGAUGGGGAAUGUGCUGGUGCGUGCCUUUGCCCAGCUGCAUGUGCAUGAGCCGCAAGAUCCGCGUGCCUUUAUUGCCGCCUAUCUGAUGAAUCUCGAUCGCUGCGAGCAGGAGAUGCUCGAGAAGCACAACCUCAUCCAAGAGGCAACCGAACACUGCACCAAGGAGCUGCCCGAUCCCACAUUCCAUUGCGAGAACGCAUGUCCGCCGCAGGACAAAGCUGUCUAGAAAACAUUUUGAACAUUUUUCUCAUUUAAUUCACACACGAAAAAACACCGCGAAAUACAAUUUUGAGACAAUUCUCUUA